AUGACUGUAACUCACAAGAUUAUUAACAAACUAAUGAUGAGAACAGUUGGGCAAAGAGACAUGAGUGUUCAGGAAGUAAUGACCAGCAGCUUUCUAUAAAACUUGUUAGUUCUUCAUUUCAAAUUAUAUCAACUUCUUUAGCUGGUUCUCGAAGAAUAACAGUUCAAAGCAAUUUACUUCACACUGAAAAGUCUCUUCUUGACUUAUAUGCCAAACGAGACACUUAUGAAUGUGAUUUUCCAGGCAUAUCCAAUCUGAACUUCAUACAAUUGGCGUCUUCAUUUUGCAAAGGAAAGUUAGGAAUAGCAAGAAGAAAAACUGAUGUUGUGGUAAAAACUCACCCUAACUAUUCAUCAAACCCAAAGGGUCCUUCAUAUGGCUUAUUCUGCAAAUACCAGCUGCUAAAAUACAAACCUUGGCUUCAUUCUUUUAAUAGUGCACGGGAUGACCAAGACAAUAGUGAUGUAGUUUAUAUUGAAAAAUGGCAUGAAGCUUUAACUUCAUCUACAGCAAAGAUGUUGGUACCAAAUUGCUUUUUGCAACUUGAUUCAGUAUCACAAUGUGUUCAACACGACGUUGAUAGCCUUGACAUCUGUCAAAGUGAUGCUGGUGAGAGGGAUGAGCGGGUGUACUUGGCAGAACUUAAUUUGAAC